UUACAGGAUUCGUGUGAUUAAUCUCCAAGUCGAUCGACACCGUCUUUUCACAUAGGCAAUGUUUUUCUGCUGAACUAUUCAACUGCUCAAGCUGUUAUUCCUAUGACUGUGAGGUUUUUGAGGCUUUUCAGCCUCUUGUCCUCAAUAUUCGCUCUUUCUUUCGCAUCUCAAGUGGUGCUCAUGGAUACGAGAUCUGCCACGACGGAUUUGAAAUGGGAUCAGCUCUCUCUGCGAGGGGACACAGACGGCUGGACAGAGGAGUCUUGGCGUGGUUUGGACGAAAAAUCUAAUGAACGCGCUUACGUUGCGUGCAGUUUCCACAUCGCCAAUCCAGGAAACUGGGUCUUUACUCCGUUUAUUCCAAGGGACUCGGCUAAUAUAUUGUAUAUAAACGUGCUGUAUAACACACGAUCCUGCGAUCAGUAUCACGACCCAAAAUCUUGUAAAGAAACAUUCAAUCUCUAUGUCAAGCAGUACGAACAAAAAGUAAACGAUGUGGAUAAGGAAGCUUUCAACAAAACAAUUUCAACAUGGUCUCCCGUCUCUGUGCUUACGAAAGACACAACAGCAGUGAUCUCAGAAACAACCCAAUCCGUAGCUGUUUUGCCGUCUACUAAAUACGUUCGUUUCGGUUUUGAGGAGAAUGGUGUGUGCGUGUCGCUUCUUACUAUAACUGUUUACUACAUUGUCUGCGAUGAGACAAUAGCAAAAUUUACCAAGUUUCCUACAACCGUGACGUCAAAUUCACGCGAUGAAAUGGUCAAAGUCACUGGAAAAUGUGUGGCAAACGCGAUACCCAUACAGAGCGAGGCUCCAACUGGGUUUUGUACCUCUUCGGGUCGCUGGAAUCAUCUCAUAGGGGAAUGCGCUUGCAAACCUGGAUUUACCAGUGGUCCUUCUAAAGAAGAGGAAGUAUGUGUUGAAUGUCCCGCGGGGAGCUACAAAAACGAGCGAGGAAAUGCGUCAUGUCAGAGGUGUCCAAUGAACUCCGAGGCCUUGGCUACUGGCAGUGUUCACUGUGCAUGCCGACCCGGUUUUUAUAGAGCUGAUAAUGAAUCGGCCGACCGGAUAUGUACUCAGGGACCAAAUCAUCCAUCUCAUCUGCAUGUCAGAGAUGUAGAUCAGUCUUCGGCUGUUCUGGAAUGGGACGAACCAUCUUCCUUAGGAGGAAGAAAAGAAGUCUGGUACGAAUGGGAAUGCUCGCGUGGUGACUGCGCUGGUAUAACGGCUACACCUGCUGAUAGAAAGCUCAUGUCAAGGACUCUCAGAUUAUCUGGGUUGAAGCCGGACACAGAAUACUCAUUCAAUAUAUUUGCCAAGAACAGCGUCUCCAAGUUCUCACAGACGCCCGCAUAUCGCGUUGUGGAUCUACGCACAGCUUCACUAACUCGUUAUGUAGUGACGGGUCUACGUGUGGAAAGCGAGCAGAAAGAUGGAAUAACCCUUGCUUGGUUAGCACCGGCGGUUUCCAAAAGGGUCAAGUACGAGGUUGAAAUGAAAUCCGCGACGGGGAAAGCGAUCUUGGCAAUAGCAGAGCAUACUUAUCACACUUCGCUUAAUAUGGUUCCAGGAACACCGUAUCGAUUCAGGGUACGCGUCUAUGUGGACGGUUGGGGCGAAUGGAGCGAUCCGCUCUGGUACGAACUAGGUCGCGGGAUUGUGCAGCAACAUAAAGGAUCGGAGACAACUUUCUUGGGAUCUCUUCCUGGCUGGGUAGUUAUGACGGCGAUGAUGCUUUUUGUCGUUGUUCUUGGAUUUCUCAUUGUAUUAUGUCGUCGGAAACCACACAAUCGAAAACAGAUGAGCGAUCUAGACGUGUUGGAUACAUACAAGCAGGACACGAUGACACCUGACUACAGUUCUAAUAACCGGCAAUUCACCGACGCCUUUCGGAGUGGGAAGCUUAAUGCUCCUUUGAUACCAUCCUAUGGAGGAAGUUCCGUUUCUCAACCUCCUCCCUAUUACGGUAGUGGUGUGACCGGUACGACAAUGGCAUUCAAACCGUACGUGGAUCCUACUGCCUACGAAGAUCCGAAUCAGGCGCUUGUGGAGUUCACUUUUGACAUUGAUCCCGCUGCAGUGUUCAUAACUGACGUGAUAGGAGGUGGAGAAUUUGGCGAUGUUUGCAAAGGAGGCUUGAAAAGGAGUUUGAUAGGUGGUGGCAUUGCCAACAGCAUCUUUGACAAUGAAAUCGACGUCGUAGCCAUAAAAACCCUAAAACCGGGAAGCAGCGCUAAAGCAAAAGCUGACUUUUUGCUGGAAGCCUCUAUCAUGGGUCAGUUCACACAUCUGAAUGUGAUCCGCUUGAUUGGUGUCGUCACGCGGUCGGAGCCAGUAAUGAUAGUCACCGAGUAUAUGUCGAAUGGCUCGCUUGAUCAUUUUCUACGCAGUAAAGAUGCUCGAGGAGAAGAAAUAGGAUGGCCACGAAUUGUAGACAUGCUACGGGGUAUAUCUGCCGGUAUGAAAUAUCUCACCGAUAAAGGAUUUGUACACAGAGAUCUUGCUGCCCGAAAUGUACUUGUCGAUUCUGAGCUUACUUGCAAAAUUGCUGAUUUUGGACUGUCACGAGGUGUAGACGAUUCGAAUGAGCAGGAGUACACUACAAAUGGCGGAAAGAUACCAGUUAGAUGGACAUCACCAGAAGCUAUCACUCACCGUAAAUUCACUGCAGCAUCAGACGUGUGGAGCUUUGGUAUAUUAGUAUGGGAGGUUUGCUCAUUUGGGGAACGUCCGUAUUGGGACUGGACCAAUCAAAAAGUCAUCAGCGAGAUAAUGCUUGGUUAUCGGCUGCCACCCCCAAUGGAUUGCCCUGUCGCUUUGCAUCGACUCAUGUUAUGGUGUUGGCGACUAGAUCGUCAUGAACGUCCCACAUUUGCGCAGAUUCUCUCCAUUCUCGAAAAGUAUAGUCAGAAUCCUGAAUUCAUUCAUGUGGACAAUAUAUCAUUUACUACAAAAAAGCAUGCAAAUUCAACCGCCAAUAUUAGCAGUGGCUUUACCAAAUCCUCUGGUUCAUCGUGUAGUCCGAUGUCGUUAUCGCCUUCGUCAAUGCCUACAUUGAAUGAAUUUAUGAGAUCAUUGAAUCUGACACACUGCAUGGAUAAAUUAAACAAGGAAGGCAUUUUUACUGUCAUGGACUUGGCUCGAAGGAGUCAUCUGGAUCUGCUGGCUAUAGGUAUCAUUUCGGAGGAAUAUCAGCGAAUAAACAAUGCUCUAUCACAGUUACCAAGCCCACCAGCGCUUGGUAGAGCAACUGAUAACUCAACGUUACCGUUUCGAUCUGCUACAAUCAGGCCAACACGGCCCGACGAUGGUUUCUUUGUCUGAACUGUCAUCUUCCCUUUUUCGAUAUGUAUCUACGAAGAUCCUAUUUUCUCCCAAAUGCAGGUAUUUGUCGUCAUUCAUGUUUUGUGUGCCCGCGUUGUCGUUAUCCCGGCUGAUUCUUUUGUACUUCGACUUUGUAUAAAUACUACUUAGCACUGCUUUAGCAUAGGUUUCCAGCACUUUGCUUUACCUUUUGUCACCUAGUGCUGGUCAUUCUUCAGCACAUCUGCCACUGAUAAUUGUACUGUCCUAAUAAUGGUGCGCUUAUUAGCACUGUCGAUAUCCGAAAUGAUACUGGUCAUGUUGUUAGAUUUUCUUGUGCUUGGUUCAUUAUUGUUUUUAACCCUUUUCUGCGUGUUUUGCUCAACACUCAAUGUGUAGAUAGAAUACGAGUGCCUUCCAGGUUCUUAGCUCCUGUCAAGUCAACCUGAAUAUUGCAAGAAUUUGAGAUGUAUAGACAAGAGCUAUGGCUUGCUAAGAGUCAAGUAUCUGAGGCAGCACUCUUUUUGUCUUGUCUGUGAUAGCUACGCAGUAGCCGGACAAUGAACUUUGGAGGGAGGUCACUUUUGUAUAGGCACCCUUCUCUAAAAUUCGGUUGGAAGGAUAUAUGGUAUCAUCGCAGAGCCUUUUUUCUCAGUUUGAAUUAUCACCAAUUUUGUGUAUGUUGCUCAUGCAAGAAGCUAAUAAAUCUACAUACAUUGC